AUGUCGACCCUCCCGGUGCUGCCGGCAGAUGUACAUCUUCUGAUAUUGGAUUAUAUCCACUUGCCUUCGCACCUCCAGGCCCUAUGUCUGACGUCGAAAGCGCUAUGCGACCUCGCCAGGCCUCGACUGUAUCGGAAGGUCACCAUCAACGUACUCGAUCCAUCGGAAGUCGCACGGUUCGAGAACUGCAUGGCCGAAGGUGCCCAAGCGCAUCUUGACGCUACAAGGAGCUUGACGUUGAUGGACAGCCUUCCCCCGGCAGAAGCUCCCGAGUUCCAGACCAAGCCGCAUCGACGCUUCGACCGUGAAGACAGGUUGACAUCUGCUCAAAGUAGCGCGAUAGAAGCGAUACUAGACUAUUUCCCUCGGGACUGCCUACAAUCUUUCCGGUUCCUCUCGGCCCUACCGUUGCCUUCGAAUAUAGCACGCGAAUUUUUCCUUAAACAAAUGGGCACAUUAACACACGUACACCUAAGACUCGAGGACCUAUUUCAAUUACAAUACCUCGACUGUGUGCGAACUGCGGACCUCUGGCUCCCCCAUCCAAAAGAAACCUGGUCGGAAUUGGAGGAAGAGAACUUUCUGGACUCCCUGGAGGACAUCGGCAAGUAUAAGGAUCUGGAGAGACUGUACCUUGGAACCAAGUUUGAUAGCCAAAGGUUCAUCUCCAAUUUGGUACAUGAGCUCGGCGACCAGGACUUAUCGUUGAAACAUCUAGGACUGGAGCUAGUCGACGACGACGAGGUGGAAGACCCGGAUGAUGAUACUCCCUACGAAGAGGACGAUGACGCCGUCGAAGAAGACCUUCGGUUUUCCAAAAUGCAUCUGAUCCAGAGCAUUUACCGCGCUGCAUGGGCAACGUUCUGUCUCACCGGCUUAACCGCAGGUGUACCCAUAGCACCGGCUUUCCACUUAACGGCACGACAACCCAUCGAGCCAGAUCUCCAAAUCGACUUCAACGCCCUCCUCGACGGGUCUUUAGGUAACCUACCCGCGAUCUGGAUUACCUCCCACAGUCUUCUUGCCGAGGCCGCGCCAUCUUCAAACCUCACGGUUUCUUCUCGCGAAGAUCGUACCGACAAGGAGAAUGGCCUUGUCGCCGCUGCCUUCAUCAGCUCCCUGCUGAUUCCUGCUGCGACCGGCAUCGCAGACAACGGCGUCACUGGGGGUCUUUGCAACGCUAUCAUAAAUGGAGCAGGGGGCAUGGCUGGCGCCGUUGUUGGUCAAGAGGCCGGCAAAACACUUUACCCACAAGGUAACGGCACCGAUGGAAAUGGCACAUCGGCUCCAGAGAUGGAGCAAGGCAUUGUUCCUGGUGCGUUUAUUGGUAGCGUCGUUACCAACAGUCUUGGAACUGCUCUGGCUAAGAGUAUCUGCGACAAAUUUCUCCCCGAUGUUGAAGACGUCAUAAAGGAGGCUGAAGCUGGAGUUGCGGGUCGGGUCGCUAACUCACUGAAUCGCGGUCUCAAAGAAGUUUUGGUGAGCCAACUAGAAGACAUGGGGGUCGAGACCGCGCGGGCAGUACAGUUUGCAAGUCAAAUGGAAGAGACGAUUCGCUUGGUCGACAGUACCGGCAGUCUGGCCACAGCUUUCGAAUACCUCAAUCGCGAACUCGCAACCAACACCGCAGAGCUGGCCGAAGCUGUAGGAGCCAAACUAUUGAACAAGCCAGCAAUCAGCAACCUCGUUCAACUAAGCCACAACACGCUCGCCAAUCUACCAGUCGCAGGUGUAGACGGCAUUGCGCUGUUGCCGUUCGACCCUGCUGCCGAUCCCAUAGGAAUGAUGGCUAAGUUCACCAACCAUUACAGGAAUACCAUGGAGUUUGCCAAAACUCUAGGCGGGAAGAUCAAAGAAGGCGCGAACCGCGUUUCCCCUGCUUUGGAUACAGUGUCCCAGUCGGUUGAGUCAGCUAUGCAAGGUGUCGACUCCAUCAUUCCGGGCACGGCAAACAGACUGAUCAAGGAUGCUACUGUCUUCCGAACCCUUUCGACGCUCUAUUCCACCAUGGAGGUCAUGGUAGCGGCCACAGUAGCGGCCACCAUACUGCUCCCGGAUCAACUCACGGCGGCAACGGCGAAUCACACUGUGCUCAAGCCACGGUGA